AUGCCUAAGGCAUAUACUAUGACGAGCUUCUGUUUAAAGUCCAGGAGGUGUUGUUUUCCACAAAAUAGCAGUCAUUUUAUUGUGUCCUUGGCCUUCUCAGAAUGUAUAUGGGGCAGCCCUCCCACAAAUACGCACCUCAAGAGUUCCUACUUUCUUAAUGGCCAUGGAGCCAGAUGUGUGUUGGAACCGCAUGCAUCUGUACCCUACAUGGAUCCCAUCAUGAGGUUUGCAGAGGCCAUAGCUCAGCCCUGGCAUCUCCUCAUAAAAGGAUCUUUGGCAGAAAAAACAAGAAAGGCCUGUGCCUAG